AAUUAGGUUACUAACCCUAAUCGCACUUAUUCAAGAAUUGGACUAAAGUUUUGGAUCAAUUUAUUUAGAAAAUUCAAUGAUUUAAGAAUAUCUUCAAAAAAAUUACUUUUCUCUUGGAGCUCCAAAAUUGUCAGGACAAAAAUCUGAUCAAACAUCCGGAUUCUCUGCGUAAGAAGUUUCAUCAAAUUCCCAGCUUGAUCCGCCAUUACCGGCGGCGAAUUUCCAUGAGAGGGCAGCAUUCUCACCCACCGAAGCCGGUUUUCGCCGGACCUGAUGACGAAAACGAACCGGGUCGUUCUUAUCUCGCCGGAACGAACGCCCCAUUAGGCGCUGGGAUUCGGAAGAAGGGGACCGGAGUUCGGCCAUGGCUGCUUCUGGACUUGACUGGUGGAGCUCAGGUCGUUGAGGCCGGAAAACACGCGAUUAUGCGGCGGACCGGCCUGCCCGCGCGAGACCUCCGGAUUCUCGAUCCGAUGCUCUCGUAUCCAUCUACGAUUCUUGGCCGUGAGAAAGCGAUUGUGAUCAAUUUGGAGCAUAUCAAAGCUAUUAUCACUGCUCAAGAUGUGUUCGUGUUGAAUGCUAGGGAUCCGUCAGUUACCCCCUUUGUCGAGGAGCUUCAGAGGCGGGUUCUACGGCACUACCAAGCCACUAAGGCCGCUCAGGAGGGCAAUGGUGAUGAUUCCAGUUGGAGAAAUCUCUAUGACUUGGAGGAGCCACGAUCCAGGGCUCAAAGUCCCCAUAAUCCCUAUCAAGGAUUUCCACAGGCUGAGGAGGAAGAGGGGAAGGAAAACGGUAAACAAGGUCUUGAAAAUCGGGAGGGAUUGAAGGUUCUACCGUUCGAGUUCGUCGCGUUGGAGGCAUGCCUUGAAGCUGCCUGCAGCUGCUUAGAAAGUGAAGCAGAUACGUUGGAGCAAGAAGCUCACCCAGCUUUGGAUAAGCUGACUUCUAAGAUUAGUACUCUCAACUUGGAACGUGUGCGUCAAAUCAAAAGUCGAUUGGUUGCGAUAACUGGGCGAGUUCAAAAGGUGAGGGACGAAUUAGAGCACUUGCUAGAUGAUGAUGAGGAUAUGGCUGAGAUGUACUUAACAGAGAAGAUGGUUCAGCAACAGCUUGAGACCUCUUCCACUUCUUCAAUUCGCGAGAGGGACGAAAUGGACGAUGAUGUUCAGCAAUUAGGCAAAGAUGACAGGGAUGACAGUAUUCCUGCUGAAAUAUCAUUGGAAGGUGGUGGAAAUUCUGCUAAUUAUGAAGGCAAUAUAGAUGCUUCACAGGAUCAUUUAUUUGGUGCAUCAAAUGUGGGCAGGGACAGCCAUGGAACCCGAACAAGCACUACCCAUAGCGCUGUAAGCAAACUCCUCGAUGUCGAGGAGCUAGAGAUGCUGUUGGAGGCUUACUUCGUGCAAAUUGAUGGUACACUCAACAAACUUUCAACGCUGAGGGAGUAUGUAGAUGACACAGAAGAUUACAUCAACAUAAUGCUAGAUGACAAGCAGAAUCAUCUUUUACAAAUGGGAGUAAUGUUGACAACUGCUACCCUUGUCGUGAGUGCUUUUGUCGUGGUAGCAGGUAUCUUCGGGAUGAACAUCCAUAUUGAACUAUUCGAACCAGAAAAAGCAGGCAUGCCGGAGUUCAUGUGGACUGUUGGUGGUGGCACUAUGGGAACCAUCUUCCUGUAUGUCAUUGCCAUUGCCUGGUGCAAGCACAAACGUUUGCUCGAGUAGUUCGCCAAAACCGAAACUUUCUUGACAAAAAAACAUAUAUAGAUUAAGACAACCUUUAAUACAUCUAAUGUGUUGAAAUAAGUUGAAGCUUUUCCAAGCUGAAUGCUCUGUUUCAUACUGUUGGUCGAUACAGUCUAUUGUAUAUGUUGCAUGGUUAUAAUAACUUAUAACGCUAAAUUUUGUACCCAAAA